AUGAAAAUCGCACACUUUGGAAUUUCGGGAGUUUUGGGAAGCUCGCUGCUGAAAUUCGACUUGGCGGAAAGAACGAGAAUAAUGGAGCAAAGCUUGAGUUUGAGAAGAUGGGACAAUUUUUAUGAAAUGUUUAUGGCCAAAUACGACUUUACCGAUUUGAUGGAGAUCUACAGCUACGGAUGCUACUGCCUGAGCAUGGGCGACCGACCAUUGAGCGGCACAAACGCGAAUCGACCUCCAGUCGACGCCCGGGACGAGCAGUGCAAAGCCUGGACUACUUGCUACAAGUGCGCCAGAAUCGACGUCAACAAGAAUUGCCAGCCGGAACGAGUCAACUACAGCUGGUCGAUGGACGAAAACAACAACAUCGUCUGCGCCGCCGACAACAAUCCCUGCAAAGCGGCGAUUUGCGAGUGCGACAAAUAUUUCGUCGAAAACUUCAAAAGCAUCGAUCACACUUUCAAUACUGAUUUUAGCGAAUUCCACGGAUUUGAGCGUCAACAAAACUGCUACACCUCACGUGACUCUUCUGGCUCGAACGGCUCCGGAAACAGCAAUACAGUGACUUUGGAGUGCUGCGGCGAGGCGGGUAAGCGAGAGUUUUUCAAUUCAGAAACGAAAAUGUGCUGCGCUGAUGGAUCUAUCAAGCCGCUUGGGCUUUGUUAG